UCAAAAAUCUACAUCAUUGUUUUCUCAAAGAACUAUGCCUCUUCAUCUUGGUGUUUGGAUGAGCUUGUGAAGAUAAUGGAGUGCCACAGGACGACAACAGAGCACACUGCUUACCCUGUCUUCUAUGAUGUGGAACCCUCCGAAGUCAGAAAACAAAGUGGGGCAGUUGGAGAAGCAUUUGCCAAGUACGAAAUGGAAGAGGCUGCUGGGAAAUGGAGGGUGGCUCUGAAAGAAGCAGCGGAUCUUGCGGGGUGGGAGUUGAAGAAUACUGCUGAUGGGCAUGAAGCAAAAGUCAUCCAAAAAAUAGUUGAAGAGCUUUCAUUAGUGUUACGUACCAUCAGUUUCAACAUUGAUGAAAAGUAUGCAUUUGGGACAGAUAUUCCAGCUCAAGGGUAUGAAGAGCUAUGUAGACAAGUUGUACGUUAUGCUGCUGGUCUUCCGUUAACAAUCAGAGUUUUGGGUUCAUUUCUUUGUGGUAAAAAUGAGCUGGAAUGGAUAGAUGCCCUAGAACGCCUAAAAACAAUUCCGUUAAAUGAGACCUUGAAAAAAUUGGAACUAAGCUAUAUUGCUCUAGAGGAGGAUUACAAGGAAAUUUUUCUAAACGUUGCAUGCAUCAUGAAAGGUUGGCGGAAAGAUGAUGCAAUCAAAGCGCUUGAAAGCUGUGGAUUUUAUGCUAGAAAUGGUUUAAGAGUUCUUCAGCAAAAAUCUCUUAUAACUAUUUAUAAGAACUAUGGUUAUGAUCACUUAGGCAUGCAUGAUCAUCUUGAGGAAAUGGGUAGGAAUAUUGUGCGUCACUCACACCCCGAUAAGCCUCAUAAACAUAGCCGAUUGUGGAAAGUCGAUGAAAUUGAAGAUACAUUAGCUAAUGAUUUGGGUAGUACUAAAGCAACAAAAUAUAUACAAGUCCAUAGAAAGAAAUUCAGUCUUCCUAUUUUCAUAAAAGGUCUAAGAAAGAUGAAGGAACUUAGAUUUCUUUCUGUUCGUGGAAAUUGUUCCAUUGAUUUGGAGUUUAGUAUAGUCGGUCCAGACUUCCCAAAAGCUUUACGAUAUCUGCAUUGGGACUUUUACCCUUUUAGGUCUUUACCAACAACAUUUCAAGCAAAUAAUCUUGUUGCACUUGAGAUGGCUAACAGCAGAAUCGUACAACUUUGGGAAGGGGGAGAAAGAAAGGUCCUUAACAAGCUCAGAUUCCUUGACCUCAGUAGUCCAGUGUUGAGUACCUUUGAUCUUGGGCUUACUCCAAAUCUCGAGACGUUGACUCUUAAAGAUUGUUAUCAUUUGGUAGAACUUCACAUGACCGCUGCAUGUUUAAAGCUCACAUCUGUCAACCUCGAAGGCUCAAGGUUGAGGACCGUUGACCUUGGGCUGGCUCCAAAUAUUGAAGAGUUGAUUCUUGUUGGAUGCGAAGAUUUGGAAAAUCUUCACUUGCCUGGAAGAUGUCUAAAUCUCAGACACUUACUACUCACCAAAUCAAAGUUGAGGACCCUUGACAUUGGGCUGACUCCAAAUCUCGAGAAGUUAAACCUUAAAAAGUCUUAUUGUUUGGAAGAACUUCACAUGGCCAAUGAAUGUCAAAAGCUCAACGAACUCAUAAUUACUUAUUCAAAUUUGAGGACCCUUGACCUUGGGAUGACUCCAAAUCUCGAGAAGUUAGUUCUCAUAGAGUGUCAUAAAUUGGUAGAACUUCACACUCCUUUUGGAUGUCUAAAAAAGCUUGUCCACGUAAACUUAAGUGGUUGUUUGAGGUUUAGACGUUUUGAGUUUAACAUAAAGGAUUAUACCUCUUGUAGUGUGGAUGAGUCACUUGAGGUUGGUCCUCUUGCUGAGUUAUAUCUGUGUGCAGAGUCUGUAAAAAGAUGCCUACUUCACCCAGACAAUAAAUUGCCAAAGUUUCAGUUUUUCUGUGAUUAUAAAGAAGAUCGACCCUCAUUGACUAGAAAUCUUAAGAGACUUUUUUCUGUAGGUAUGUGUGCUUGCACAAACCUUGAGACGUUUUCACAAAGCAUUUGUGGUUUACAACGUUUAAGAAAGCUUGUACUCCAACACAGUUUUGUAGAGGUGAUCAAGGACCUUGACCAGUUAGAAUCUCUUGAGGAGCUCAUAUUGUAUUAUACAAAGAUUAAACAUCUUCCGGAUAGCAUUCUCAUGUUGAAACGCCUGAAAUAUCUCGAACUUUAUGAUUGUUCGUUGCUUGAGAAGUUACCAGAGGAUAUUGGCCAAUUAGAAUGUUUACAGAAGCUACAUUUGACAGAUGUAAAGAUUAUUAAACAUCUUCCGGAUAGUAUUUGCAUGUUGAAACACCUGAAAUAUCUCGAACUUUAUGAUUGUUUGCUGCUUGAGAGGUUACCAGAGGAUCUUGGCCAAUUAGAAUGUUUAGAGAAGCUACAUUUGACAGAUGCAAAGAUUAUUAAACAUCUUCCAGAGAGCAUUUGCAUGUUGAAACGCUUGAAAAAUCUUCUACUCUGUGGUUCAUUGCUUGAGAAGUUACCAGAGGAUCUUGGCCAAUUAGAAUGUUUAGAGGAGCUAGAUUUACACGGAUGUGCACGUUUACAAGAUAUCCCAAAUAGCAUCUGUGAGAUGAAAUGUCUAAAACAUUUCUUUCUCUACAGUUGUAUUCGAGUUGAAAAAUUGCCUGAUGAACUUGGACGUUUGGGAUGUUUAGAAGCGUUAUAUAUACAUGGUACAAGCAUAAGUGAUCUUCCGCAGAGCAUUUUUUUGUUGAAAGAUCUGCGUAUUCAAGGGUCGAGACAGCUUCUUCAGUCGUGUGGGUUUACACCCGAGAUAGAAGCCCACGAAUAUAUAGAUGAAACGAUGUGUUACGCACGGGUACCCAUAAUGCAGGAGCCCAUAGUCAAGUGA